AUGGCUCGCACUUUCUUCGUCGGUGGUAACUGGAAGAUGAACGGCUCGCUUGAGUCAACCAAGCAGCUCACCCAGACUUUGACACAGGCCAAGCUCGACUCCAAUGUUGAGGUUGUCGUAUCUCCGCCUGCGCUUCACCUGCUUGCCGUCCAGGAGCAGCUCAAGGGCUCCAAGGUAGCCGUGGCGGCGCAGAACGCCUACCACAAGCCAAGUGGAGCGUUCACUGGCGAGGUCUCAGUUACCAUGCUGAAGGACGCCGGUAUCCCCUGGGUCAUCCUUGGUCACUCGGAGCGACGAACUCUUUUCCACGAAUCUGACGCCAACGUUGCCGAAAAGACUGCGGCCGCUCUCGCCGAAAACCUCUCGGUGAUCCUCUGCAUCGGUGAGACGCUUGAGCAACGCGAAGCCAACGAGACGGUCAACGUCGUCGUUCGUCAACUCGAUGCUGUCGCUGACCACGUCAAGGAUUGGUCCAAGAUCGUCGUCGCGUACGAGCCGGUUUGGGCCAUCGGAACGGGCAAGGUGGCCACCUCGGAACAGGCUCAGGAGGUUCACGCUGCGAUCCGCAAGUGGGCCACUGAAAAGCUCGGCAAGGACACCGCCGACCAGCUCAGAAUCAUCUACGGCGGCUCGGUCGCUGCUAAGAACUGCAAGGAGCUCGCUCAGCGACCCGACAUCGACGGCUUCCUCGUCGGCGGCGCUUCUCUCAAGCCCGAAUUCGUCGAUAUCGUCAACGCUAACGCUUGA